UUUAUUUAUUUUUUUUUCUUUUUUCAGUUUUUUAAUGCCGGAACUUUGAAUUUCUCCAGGUCAUCUUAUAACUCAGCUCUGAAUAGUUGGGGUUUUUGCACGUUCAACUGAGGAGAAUAUGAAACUUUUGUUUCUUGUACUCAGCUCUAGGAACUGAGUUGGAACAUUCAAACGGGAGUUGUGCACUAAGACGGAAGCCAAAAAUAAAAAAUUUAACCUUGCCGUAAUAGUAAGAGUGAUAGGGAGAGUAAUCGUAAGAAUAAUAAAUAAAAUAAAAAGAAACGAAGAUAAAUUUAAAGGUGAUGGGCGUGGGCACAUCAGUUCAUCAGAGUGUCACUCAAGAAUGGCUCAUGUCGGAAUCACACCGCAUUAUUCGACAAUUAUCCUCAUUAAUUUCUGUUACUCGUGAAAUAGUUAUCACUGAGUUGGAUAAUUUGGAUAACCGAGCACAGAUAGAAAUUGUAAGAGCAAUUGCGUACACCCGGGAUUACUUAGUAGAACUAGCAAGCAUGGAUGAAAUCGCAAAAAUGUGCGUCGACAAAAAAACACCCGAGUUGGACAACAUGCAGCGGACGAUGAAGGAAGCUCUGGUAGUCUGCUAUAAAAAAUACACUGUCGAAUUAGAUAAAAUAUGCGAAGAGCGGUUAAAACUUCACAACGAUGCCAUACAAUUAAAGGACCAAGCGGACAAGGUUGUUGAAGACUGCAUGCGCAGUGAAAAUCGGCUCGCCUGCUUGCACAAAAAUAUCUCUGCCUUGGCGGCGAACGUCAGCGCCCUCGCCAAGAAAAUAGAUUGCAAUUUUUGCAUGGAAUACAAAGUUAAGAGGCGGAUUAUCAUGAAGUUGCUGGAGUGCGACAGGAAAAUUCUACAGAAAGUUCUCAAGGCGGGGUCCUCUAUCAUCGGGGACGUUAAGAAAUGCAUCGAGCGCAAUGACAUACCGGAGGUUAACUAGCUAUAUGAAGUUUUGUUGAUUGAUUAAAUGAAUAAUUA